AUGUUGUAUUUUCCGUGGCGUAACGAGCAGGAACUCUUUGGCGAAAACCAAACAUACAUAUCUAAGUUUUAUGAGCCAGAUGUUCAAGAGGUAGUACAAUGCAACAAAGAAAUAUUUGAGCCAGAUGGUGAUGCUAUUAAUGAAGCAAUAGAAAGAUUACGUAACUUUGAUGUCGUACCAACUCACUCCUAUGAUCCAAUAAAUGACCAGGAAAAUGAAGAUUUGCAACAAAGUUUACCUGACGAUUCUGAUGAAACAGAGUCUUUUAACGAAUCGUUGCCACAACAUCUUGCAUCAAAUCCUGUAUCAGUUCAACCAUCUUCUGGAAUAAGUUCUUAUAAUCAACCCUUAGAAAUCAGUGACGGCGAUCUACGAAAAACUGUAAGAUCAUUAAACAACAAACAACGUUAUGCAUAUGACGUAGUUCUUUCCUGGUGUAGAAAUAAGAUGGCCAACCUAAACACCCUUAAACCAUCUAAAGUAGAUGCAAUAAAUGUUUUUGUUACUGGAGGUGGAGGUGCAGGGAAAUCACACUUAAUUAAAGCUAUAUAUCAUACUGUUACAAAAACAUUUAGACAUGCUCCAAUGAAUCCUGAAUUACCUUCUGUAUUGCUAAUGGCUCCAACUGGUGUAGCUGCCAUAAAUAUCAACGGAAGAACCGUAAAUACUGCUCUAGCAAUUCCAAGAGAAUGUGGGAAUAAUGUACCUGCAAUGUCUGACCAGAGAAGAACACAAAUGAGAUUGUCUUUGGCUGAAUUAAAACUAAUCACAAUUGAUGAAAUAUCGAUGGUCUCAAACAUGGGUCUGCUGCAUAUUCACCAGAGAUUGAAAGAAAUAUUUGUUACACCUAAUAGUGAACUUUUUGCAGGAAUCAGUGUGCUUGUUUUCGGAGAUUUCUUUCAGCUACCACCAAUUCGAAGCGCAACAACAUUUUCAAAUUAUAAGAAUGAUACAUCCAAUCUACACCAUCCCUGGCAUGUCUUUAAAAUGGCAGAACUAACACAGAUCAUGAGACAAAAAGAUGACCUUGCCUUCACUCAGCUAUUAAAUAGAGUGCGCACCGCUUCACAUACAGACGAUGACAUCAGGUGUAUUCAAUCCAGAACAAUAACUCCAGCGGAUGAAAAUUAUCCAUCGGAUGCAUUACACAUCUUUGCAGAAAAUGCACCAGUAGAUGAGUACAAUAUUGAUCGCCUAGAACAAAUUCAAUCACCACAGUACGUUCUAGAAGCUUUAGAUCAAUUCCCACCUCAUGUUAGAAAACAGGAUAUCGAUCGGGCUUGA